UUGCAAUUGCAGCCAAAGAACAAGUCAAGACCAAGACCACGCUCGUCGUUCGGCGCACAAAAGUAAAAAAAAAUGAUCGCAACACCUAUACUCUGCUUCAGAAGAAAAAGAAACUGUUAAAAUAAAAUGUUUGAUAGGUUGGUGAGACUGGGUAAUGGUUGUCUCCUUGAAUACAUCAUUCAAUUCGAUUACAUCGUUCAAAGGGAUCGUUUAUUAAAUGGUAGGGAAGCCGAAUCUAACUUAUCAAAAUUUUGGUUUCAACAUGGAAUGAAAUUUUAAGUAAUACGUCGAAUCUUGUGACAAAACUCAUCGCUUGAAAGUCUUCGUUUGUUUACAAAAUUUGCCAUCAUUUGUUUAAAAAAAUUAACAUCCACGAGGUUCCACGCAAGCACCGGAAGUUGGACUACGUGUAUUCUGAUUGGUCUACUUUCUUGUAGACGUCAACACACUUAUCCAGUCCGACAUAUCCACACCGACGUGUUAGAGCUGCGAUAUUGGCUGCUGCUGGCAAGCGUAAUUGGCAAACCGUAUUAUUAAUCAAAUUACUUCAGAAUGGAUCAGAUCACCAAAUUUGUUGAGCCUGGACGCCAGUUCACCAAAGAUUCAAUUCGACUUGUGAAACGCUGCACAAAGCCCGAUAGAAAAGAAUUCCAGAAGAUUGCUGUUGCCACAGCUAUAGGAUUUUGUAUCAUGGGAUUUAUUGGAUUUUUUGUGAAGCUCAUUCAUAUUCCCAUUAACAACAUCAUUGUGUAA